UCAGCCAGUCCCAAGGACCGGCUAUAGCUAGUAUAGAGGGAACAAUGGAAGUCCAGACCACCAUCCCCGUCCUGGCGAACCAGGAGAGGGUUCUCACGGUGCUGAGCAUCGACGGCGGCGGCAUUCGUGGCCUCAUCCCGGCCACCAUCUUAGCUCGCCUCGAGGCCCUGCUCCAAGAGAAAGAUGGGCCGAAUGCUAGGAUCGCCGACUACUUCGACGUGGUCGCCGGGACCAGCACCGGCGGGCUAAUCGCCGCGAUGCUGAUGGCGCCAGGCAAGGACAAGCGGCCGCUCUUGGCCGCCAAGGACAUCAGCCAGUUCUACCUUGACAACGGCCCCAAGAUCUUCGCACAGAAAGGGAAUGCGGUGAAGAUUUUUGCGAGGGGCGGCCCCAAGUACGACGGCGAGUUCCUGCACGAGAAGAUCAGGAGCCUCCUCCAGGAAACGAAGGUGGCCGACACGCUGAGCCACGUCGUCAUGCCGACGUUCGACGUUAACCGGAUGCAGCCCAUCCUGUUCAACUCGUUCGAGGCCGAGCGGGAGGCGCACAAGAACCCGCGCCUCGCCGAUGUCUGCAUCGCCACGUCGGCGGCGCCCACCUACCUCCCCGCGCACAGCUUCACGACCCAGGGCGCCGGCGGCGAGCCCCACGUGUUCGAGCUCGUCGACGGCGGCGUCGCGGCCAACAACCCCACCAUGGCCGCCAUGUCCCUCCUCACCAUGGAGAUGAUCCGUCUCCGCCGGCAGCUGGAGGGCAAGGACGGCGGCCUCGUGCCCGGCCUCCCUAGCACGAGGAAAGCUGAGACGACUAACCCGACCACGAAGGGCUCUGCUGAGAAUGACCCCACCACGGCCACCAUGGCCGCUUUGAUCGCCAUGGAGAAGGAGAAGGGGAAGCUGACCCGCAUGAGCAGGCAGGACGCAGAGGCUGGCGUGUACCGAAACAUCCUCGUGCUCUCCGUCGGGACGGGGAUCGCCAAGCAGUCGCACAGGUACACCGCGGCGGAUUGCAACAGGUGGAACCUGCUCAACUGGAUCACCAACGACGGGUUCAACCCGCUCAUCGACUUCUUCUCCAACGCCAGCGCCGACAUGGUCGACAUCCACGCCGAGAUGCUCUUCGAGCUCCUCGACUGCGAGAAGAACUACCUUCGCAUCCAGACUGAAACACUGGAGGGAGAGACGGCGUUGGUGGACUGUGCGACCGAGAAGAACAUGGCCGAGCUGAUCAAGAUUGGCAAUGGCCUGCUCAAGGAGAAGGUGGCGAGGGUGAACAAGUACACGGGGAUGUACGAGCCCGUGGCAGGCGCGUCCACCAAUGAGCAGGCACUCAAGGAGUUGGCCGGGAAGCUCUCCGAGGAACGCAGGAUUCGCCAGGCUGCUACUGCCCCCGGCAAGUGAACGUGUUCUCUGGCGUCUAUCUGGAGGCAGGUGAAAUAAAUAAAGAAGAGUCGGACACUAAUCAGUCAACCUGUAAUAAGUCAUCCUUACCGAGUGUGCGGCGACCGAAAAAUAAACCAACAUCGUCUUUUAUAAUUCUGAAAAGUAAAAGAUUGCUAUAUAUGGUUAUGUAGGCAAAUAUAGCCAAAUCUAUGAACGUUUGUAUUG